GUACGUCCUACUAUAGACACUUCGGGUCUCUCCCUCAUCCUCUUGGGUCUCUCUCUCAUCCUCUCGCCGGUCUCUGUUGUGUGCUCCGUCAGCCUCACCAUCACUGGCCGAUCUCUUUAGCCACAGGGUCCGGUUCACCAGGUUUGACCAUGUACUACCAUGAAUUUUCUUUCAUCAUCUUUGAGUUUGAUCCUGAUGCAGAAGGAACGCUAGCUAAAUAGUUAACACAUGCAAGUCGAAUGUUGUUUUCUAGGAGCCUAAGAGACGGACAAGAUUCUCCUAGCUUCACUUCAACUAGAUACAUCUAGAGCUAGCUUAGGCGAGAAAAACUGUAAGCAGCAUAGCAUGGGAAGCAGAAACAGAAUCAAAAGCAAUGACAACUCGAAAUGUCUGCCUAGAGAAAUCAUCGAUGAGAUACUAACAAGAGUACCUGCUGAAUCACUUGUUAGAUUCAAACUAGUAUGUAAGUUUUGGAAAACCAUCAUCUCUGAUCCAAAAUUUAUCAAAUGUCAUCUUCUCAUAUGGGAAUCCAAGCCUGCAGUCUUGGUCAGUGAAGAUUUAGCCUCCCAUCGCUUGCUUCUUUCGGAUAUCGAACAGAGAGACUCCACAGAUUUUCCUAUAUGUAUUCCUGAUGAUUACACCCAUAUUGUUGCCUCUACUGAUGGUUUAUUACUUUUUCGAGAUUAUGUUCUUCCUAUUUACAAAAAUGUAGGAGGAGUCCUUCAUGCCCAAAAAGAACAAAAGCUUUGUGUUCAUAAUCCUGUUACCGGCAUUCAAAAGAAGUUACCUCAUAAUCCAAAUUUGGGCUUUGAUGGUGGCAUUUUUUUGAUAGUACAUGAUGCUUCAAUUCAAAAAUAUAAAGUGAUGGUUUUUAAAGAUCGGGCACGUCUUCUCCCUAAUGAGAUCAACUUAAUUACGAUAGACCAUCAGAGCAGUGGAUGGAGGAAAUUGAUCAGUCCAUCUACAUUUUGCCUAGAAGGUGUUUUCAAGCCUAUCGCUGUGAAUGGGAUAUUGUAUUGGCUAGCAUACAAUUGUGAUGUUGUUCCUCGGAGAUUAAGGGGCAUGGACAUUGCUUACAAUAUUGAGAGUGUUUAUUCUCCUCGGGUGGCUUUUGUGCAAUCAAUGGAUAUUGGUACCGAGGAAUUCAGGCAAAAAAUAUGCUUGCCAUGUCAACCAAAAAGAGGUUCUGAACACCAACUUAUAAAUUGCAACUUGUUAGUGGUGAAGGGAUCAAUCUACUUCUCAAACCCGGCUACGGAAAUGGAAUUAGUGUUAUGGAUGUUGGAGGAUUUGGGUAAUCAUAUUUGGGUUAAGAAACAUAAAAUAUGUCUUCUUUCCAUUGUUGGUAAGCCUAAUAGUCUGUCAAGUUUCUUAAUGGAUGAUUCAUUUCACCCGAUUCAAAUGGUGGGGAAUCAAGGAUUGAUGAUCAUUCGACAUGAUUGGGAUGAUGGUUACAUGGGUAGUAGAUUUGGGAGAAGUUGGUAUUUGUACAACUUAAGGAGCCAGGAAUUGAAAGCUAUUGUUGGGACACCUAUAGCGAAAAGUCAUAGCGUCUAUUCUGGUCUGGUGAUUACUCAUGUCAAAAGUCUAGUUGGGUGGAAUUGAAACUAUCGUCGGGACUGACUGCUAAAGUGAAAAGGUGGUCAGGGGAUUCCUCAUGUGAAAAGUCCGAAGAUCUUUUUAAUUUGUGAGGAGUUGUUUUUACAAAAUACUGCCUCCUAGAAUUCCCUUUUGCGUUAAGAACUGAAGUAUUUAUAUUCCUUUAUGUAGCUAGCUUUGGCUGUCAUUGCUGUGGGUAUUUAUUCCUUGAUGUAGCUAGCUUUUGUUGUGUUAUGUUGUUACUGUUGUCAUUGUUAUUGUAAUAGUUAAUGUGAUAUUUUCUACUGUGAUAUUUUCUACUUGGCUAUGAAAAUAUUUAUUAUUUUUUUAUUAACAUUUUUCAAUGAUUAUGAUUUUUUCUUUCAUUCUCAA